UGGAGGCCACUUGAACCCCGCCGUGUCCCUGGGCUUGUGGCUGGUCGGUGGGUUGAACAUCACGAUGCUCAUCCCUUACUGGGUCUCCCAGCUCUGCGGAGCAGCCAUAGGAGCCGGCCUGGCAAAGGCUGUGGCAGCGAGCGAGCGGUACGGGAACGCCAGCGGAGGAGCCUUCACCAUCAUCGCAGCUGAUGAUCAGGUCCCCUCCGUCCUGGGGGGUGAGAUCAUCAUGACCUCCUUCCUCGUCCUCGUGGUCUGCAUGGGCGCUGCCAAUGGGAAGACCAAAACGCCGCUGGCACCUUUCUGCAUCGGCUUCUUGGUCACGGUCAACAUCUUGGCAGG